CAGAAACUACGGCGAGACGAAGCUUUUAAUGAGAAUCGACGCGUUACGAACUUUUGCCUCGCCAAUUUACGUAACGUCAUUCUGCGAACGCGAUACCCUCGGAGAAACUCUUGUUGUAUCGUUCCGUUUGAUCAGCCAAUUAUUAUUAUUUUUUAAUUAACGUCGCUCGGAGCUCGAUUUCCGGGAGCAAAUAUUUUAUUUCCCAAUCCUGCUUCAUACACCGUAUACGCACGUACGUAUUUGUUCGCGUAAUGCAAUGGUCUCGUGCAAACGCAUCGUUUCGGCUCCCGUGAUCGAAGAAUUACGGUGAAAGUAGACCGCCCGUGGUGGCUCCGUGUCAGUCAGGAAACAGAGCGUGAACGAAAUUCGAGAAAUACACCGAUGUCCAUUCAUCGACAGUAACAAUUAAGAUAGCACUACGUAUUUUCAAAAUCGAUUUAGCUUUAUUUCGGUUCCGGUUUUCGUUCAUAUCUGAGCUGUCUCUCUUAUGUUUAUCCUACUUCGAAGUCGAAUCUCUGCUCGCGCGAUCGUUUCCUUUCUUCUGCUGUUACGUCGUCCCGUCCCGUCCUCUGCAUCUCCGUGUUCCGUCUCUGUUCCACCUUGUAAGACUCGUAACGUGCGCACACAUGCACGCCCGGCGAUCGUUCUCGUCCUGUCUUUUGCUCGUUCGUUCUCUGUUCUUUCCAUUAGUUGCCUCUCCGACUUCCUUUGCUCACGAUUAUCCCUGCCCCCCCUUCAUCUUCAGUGUCUCUCUCUCGCUAGCGACUCGUUGGCUGAUCGUUGGUUGAUCGCUGUUAGUGUGCGUACGAUAGGUAUAUGGGUAUAUCUAUCGCUGGCGAGUAGCGAUAGAUCCAAAGCGUUUUAGGUAUUCUCGAUCGUUUCCUUGUAGAUGUAAAAAAUUCGAUACGUUCGGAAAUCGACUGCCAGAGAAAUUUUUCAAUUUUCCGAGAUUUUUCCUGAAGUAUUUAAGGUAGAAAAAAAUUAUAUACGACCUUGUAGGUAAUAGUAGUACGUACAACUUUUAUUUGAAGUAUUUUGCGAAAUUUCGGCGAAAAAAAAAAUUCAAUUUUUCCGAGAUUUUGCCUAGGGGUACCCCAUGCUCGAAUCGUAUGACAAAAGAUAAUUAGCGAGAGGAGUUGGUGUCGAGUGAUACCCACGAGCGGCAUAGAUGGUUCGAGCCCAUCGGUUCGUCGUCGUCGUCGUUGUCCUCUCGUUGGUCGCGAACGCUGAUCUACGAUCUACGGGUAAGAGUCGGGAGAGGUAGGAGCAGAGGUGCAAAGGUAGUAGUAAUGCGUGAACGCUACCUGGCCUACCUGAUGCCCGAGAACUCGAGCCACGGUUCCGAGCUCGAAACCAGUCACGUGGUCUCUCGAUCGCGAAGGAUGUUUGUGGGAUCGCGAAGUCAGUCAGCGGCGGUCCGUUCACCGGGUAACACAGAGAAAUUGAGUGAACGCGUCGCGUCGCCACACCGCCGUGAAGCACACCGUUGACGAGCGUCCGACGCUCGAGAGGCUAAGGGGAUAAAGGGGGAAGAUCGGAUACGAUACCGUGGACCAAGAAUUUCCACUGUUUCACGAUCUACGAAUUGAAACUGAAACGUUUCGAGCUGGUGGAGAAGGCCGUGAUAGAAAGGAUCGGGUGCCGUUACAGUCCGUUGAUCGUUGCGGUGCUCGCGGAAGUAAAUCCCAAGUAUCGCAUGUUCCAGAGGGAAUCGACAAAACGUUCGAAUGAGAGAAAAAGUACGAGAAACGUCGCUGAAUCGGAACAGUUGGCAUCGAGCGAAACGCGUGAUGACUCCGGCGACGCUUAGGUUCGCGCGUUCGAAGUAGUCAAGUUCCGUACGUUCCGGAAUCUCGUCGUUUAUCGGUGAUGAUGGGACAAGUGCGAGAGCGAGGAUAAUCGUCGAGAGAUAGUCGUUAUCGCGCGCGUGUACGGACAAGCGUACACACACGGCCGCGUAGAGAAGACGGAUAUAAAAUGCAGUUGGCUGCGACGCAGAGACCUCACCCGCCGCCGGUACCGCCGCGACCGAGUCGACAGGUGGUCGCCGAAGCUUUAAAAAAAUCACCGAGACCGCCGUGUCCGACCAGGCAGGCACCGCCGCCGCCCAACACGAGACCCUGGAAGUCCUCGGAAAGUCGACGUCCGGAUCGACCGCAGAAUCGACGAGAGAUCGGUCGGACGGUCGUUUACGAGUCGGCUCCGAACGAGAGUAACGAUCCCACGAGUCGACGAGGCCGCGUUCCGAAAUCGGCGAGUGAAAGGCACGCGGACGAGGACGGCGAUUCGCGGCAUGGAAAUUCGCGGGAAAAGUGGCACCGCGCGGCCGAGCAACAGGGGAACGCGAACGAACCGAGCGAUUCCUGCCGCGAGGAAGAGGGUGCCGAGUGGCCCGAGGCCACGAAUCGAUCGGCUAUCACUGACGCAUCGUCGGUGAACGAAAAGUCGAAACAGGAAGCCGGGGAAGAAACGAUCGCGAAGGAAGUCGCGAACUCGUCCUCCGAGACGAGCGCGUCAUCUCUGAACGAUGUGUCGAAGAAAAAUGAGCCUACCGAGAGAAUGGCGCACAGGAUCGACGACCCUACGCGACCGAUGCCAUCUCAAAGAUCGUCUCUCGUCCUCGGCGACUCGUCGUCGGACGCGGCGAAGAAGAGCGGCAGCGGCGGCGGCGAUAGUUCGAACGACGACACCGAUUCGGUCUCGAGCGUUGACCGAACGACGGUGGUCGUGGUCGACGACGAACCGCAUCAUAAACCUGCGUCGGACGACGGCAGCGGUGGCGUUGGUGAUCGCGACCAGGAGAGAGACCACGAGAACGAUAAUAUUCAUCGACAGGACUGGCUAGAAGCCGGGGUCCGAUAUUCUUCCACGCAGAUCAGGCUGACGGGCGACGAGGACGGCGACGUCGUCGACGGGGAUCGUGUGAACGGGCUCGAUCGUUGCGAGAAGCUCGCGAAUCUCGAUAACGUCCCGAGCAUACAAGAGAGAAUCGCGAUGUCGUCACUUCAGGGUCUGCCACCGUUACCGAGGAGCCUGAGCGGGUUCAAUUUAAGCGGUGGUCGAGGCGAAAGUUGCGAACCACCACCGCCACCCGCUAGAUCCUCCAGUAAAACGCAAAGGGGCGGUAAAGCUACAAUUCAAUCUUCGUCCAGGCCGUCGCCACCCGCUAGGCAGCUGACCACUUUGGACACGCAGUUGGCUAUAUUGAGAAGAGAAAUGUUUGGACUUCGGCAAUUGGACCUCUCCCUACUCGCUCAGCUCUGGUCCUUGAAUGAAUCGAUUCAAGAAUUUCGACAACUGUUACAAGAGCAGGAGGACAGGGCGCCGUCUCCUUCGCCCAGUAGCGAGGAAGGCGAUGACACUUCCUACGGAACUCAUCCUCCACCGCCACCGAGGAGACCCGCGCCAAGUCUGCAUCUGCACAGACCUCCCAGACCGCCGAGACCGCCCAGGCCGCCUCCCAGCGACGAAUCACCCUCCAGCGAAGAAUACGGUGCUGUUUGACCGAAGCGAUCGCGUCUUGUUGUUUUCCCGUCAGAAACAUUUUCGCCGACUACUCGAUCGUAAACUCUCUUACGGUAUGGAUACAGAUACCAGCCGUACAAAGGAGUCGGUUGAAGCCGAGAUCGGUAAAGACCGAAUCGCAACCGACACGUGGUUGUACUACGAGUGCUAAUUGAAUUACGCACCGUUGCGAACGACUUGUUGAUGCUCGAAGGUACCUGUGACAUUUCAUUUAAUUACGGAGACAUUGAAAAUUCAACCGUUCCUCGAUGAUCCUACGCGUGAUCGUAUUCGCUCGUCCACGGAACUUUUUUAAUGUCCAGAGGAACAACGAUUCAUCUCUAUCCAUGUAAUAUACGCGUAUACAUAAUUCAUGUACUACGACGCAAACAUAAAUACAUAUAUACUUCUUAUCGGGUAA